AUUCAAGCCAUCUCCACACUCACGUCUCACUCUUGAAGAACACGAGACAACUCCUAUCUUAGCAGCGCAAUGACGACCACCAACAUGUCACUAUCCUCCUCGGCCUUCGCCGGCAAGGCAGUGAAGAACUUACCGUCAUUAGCACUUUUUGGCGAGGCUCGCGUGACCAUGCGCAAGACUGCGGCAAAGGCUAAGCAGGUUGCCUCAAGCAGCCCGUGGUACGGCGCAGACCGUGUGCUCUACCUCGGCCCGCUCUCUGGAGAGCCCCCGAGCUACCUGACCGGUGAGUUCCCGGGUGACUAUGGGUGGGACACCGCUGGGCUCUCAGCUGACCCUGAGACCUUCGCCAAGAACCGUGAGCUGGAAGUGAUCCACUCGCGUUGGGCCAUGCUUGGUGCGCUCGGUUGUGUCUUCCCUGAGCUGCUGGCUCGCAAUGGCAUCAAGUUCGGCGAGGCUGUAUGGUUCAAGGCUGGCUCUCAAAUCUUUAGCGAGGGUGGUCUUGACUAUCUCGGCAACCCUAGCCUUGUCCACGCGCAGAGCAUCCUCGCCAUUUGGGCCUGCCAGGUUGUGCUUAUGGGCGCCGUCGAGGGAUACCGCAUUGCCGGUGGCCCACUCGGUGAGGUAGUCGACCCACUCUACCCAGGCGGUAGCUUUGACCCGUUGGGCCUAGCGGAUGAUCCUGAGGCAUUCUCGGAGCUCAAGGUUAAAGAGCUCAAGAAUGGCCGCCUCGCCAUGUUCUCCAUGUUCGGCUUCUUCGUGCAAGCUAUCGUCACCGGCAAGGGCCCGCUCGAGAACCUUGCUGAUCAUAUUACUGACCCCGUCAACAACAACGCAUGGGCAUUCGCUACCAACUUUGCUCCUGGCCAGUAAGAUGUCAAUGUAUAGACCGUGCGCACUAUAUAUGACUCAUUUAUGGUGUGGUUUGAUUUGUACUACCACGAUGUAAAUUAUUGUUGUUCAAGAAGAACGAUUUCAAUCA